GUUUUACUUUUACGAAUUUAAAAUUUUUGCUUUGUUAUUUAAAUGUAUAUGUUCUAAUAUUUGUUGUUUACCAUUUUUAAUAGCAAGUCUUAUUCUCGUGGUCGUCGGAGGUUGUGGGUUAGGAGCGGAGUUCGUGGGCUAGGAGCGCGCCAAGUAAGAAUCUACUCGGCACCCAACAAAUUCUCGUGGUCAUCGGAGGUCGUGGGUUAGGAGCGGAGUUUGUGGUUAGGAGCGCGCCAAGUAAGACUCUACCCGGCACCCAAAUGAAUCCAGAUGAAGAAAAUUUCGAUGAUGACAAUGUCGAUGAUGACAUUGAUGAUAUUCCACCACCACCGGGUGUCGGACGCGGAGGACGCGGACGCGGGGGACGUAGACGUGCUUUACCCCGUCGCGUUGUUCGGAAUCGAUACUUGGAGGGUAUGCCAAAGUCUCGAACUGUAGAUGGUGUGGAAGAGGAGUACGACUCCUACGACGACGAUGAUGACCACGAGGACGAGGAAAUUGCCGAUAUUGCACUUCUAGUUCCUCAAAAUGAAUUGUUGGUUGACCGGUAUGGUAGACCCAUCAUCAUGCCAUAUACCACCACAGAUUUGCAACCCCAAAAUGCGGCGACGAAGACAAUCAAUUAUGCAUUGAAAUCCAAAUUCCAAGCUCCAUAUCUCAACUGGACGGAGGUCAAGGCAGAUGAGCGUGGAUAUCAACAAUUUUGGAAUGGCUUCAGGUCACAAGUAACUUGGCUAAAUCACCACACAGCGGCUAUUGAGGCUAUAUUCAACAAAAAAAGCCACCAAGCGUCUGUCGACCUUACUUUUUGAAGCGCGGAAAAAGGUUAAAAAGGAUCCUUCAAAACCACCACUUUGGCUCGCUGGUAAUUCAUACCCUAUGUUGUGCCUCAGAUGGGAAGAGGAAGAGUAUAAGGCAAAGUGU